AUGGACAAAGCCAUGAGAAUUGUUUCAGUGUUCAGAUUUCUAAGCAUUGCAACCAUUACUACCAUUAGCUUAUGCAAUGGAAAUUUGGGUGUGCCUUGUGAACAAAAUGAGAGACAAGCACUUCUAAUGUUCAAGCAAGAUCUUAAGGAUCCUUCAAAUAGGCUUUUAUCUUGGGUUGGUGAGGGAGAUUGUUGCAGUUGGACUGGAGUUGUCUGCGACAAUUUAACCGGUCAUGUCCGUGAGCUGCACCUCGGAAAUUAUUAUUCAGAUGAGUAUCUGAAUUACAGUUUGUAUCAAGAAAACUCUUUGGGUGGCAAGAUUCCUAGCUUCUUAGGUUCUCUUAAAAGUUUAAGAUAUCUUAACCUCUCAGACUCGAAGUUUGCUGGAAUAAUUCAGCAUCAAUUGGGAAAUCUCUCGAGUCUACGCUCUCUAGGACUCCGGAGUAAAAGCUACUACGUACUGGAUGAAGUUGGUGUUGCAAACAUGACAAGGCUUAAAGUUGUUAAUCUCAGGUGGAACAUCAUCUGGGGUACCAUACCUCAAUGGUUGUACGCUUGCAGCAAUCUUGAGUCCCUAUCCCUUUAUUUGAAUCUCUUGCAAGGUGAAAUUUCAAGUUCCACUGGAAACUUGAAAGCCAUUGUCAAUCUUGACUUGUCUGCUAAUCAAAUUGAAGGGAAAAUGCCAAACUCAUUGAGAAAUCUUUGUAAGUUGACGGUUCUUGAUCUGUCAAGGAACUAUUUCAAUAGAAGCGUAUCAGAAAUAUUGGGAAGCUUGUCAGGGUGUAAUUCAGGUCAAAUGGAGUCACUGAAACAAAUGAUUUUUCAAGUCCACUAUCCGAUCAGCUGGGAAAUUUCAGACAUUUACGCCUCCUUGCUCUUUCGAGUAAUUCAGUAUCAGAUUUUUGAAUUGAACCUUUCCAGUGGAAUAGAGGAACUAGAGUCUUUAAUUGGUUCAACUCUUUCAAGUGAUAUUACAUUAUUUGAAAAGAUUUCAUCAUCCGCAUAUCGUGUGCGUAUUAAUUCUUCUGAAAAGAAAGUGGAGGAAUCACAAUCAAAUACCGAAGACUCUGAAGCAGUUGAUGAUGACCUCGGUGAUAGUGGUACAUGUAGCAGUGAUGAUGAUGAUUCUGGGUGCAAUUUAGGAAAUUCCAAAAUUAAAAAGCUGACUUACAUGAACCAUGGCAAAAGUAAAGAUAACAUGGUGAUAGUAUAA